AUGACUUCACGCUUCAGGCACCACCGGGAGCCGCUCUCCUGCGGAAAGAGAGAAAGAAGAUGGACUGACACAUCGCCGGCCCACGGAGAGGAAAACAAAGGUGUUCAUGCCGAGCACGGCCAAUGCCACCGCGGGCUCCCGGAAGCCCUCCCGUCUGCCCCAGUGCCCGCGGGGUUGAUGACCGCAGCAUCCCCGGACCCUCCCAGCCCCGAAGGCAUCAUUUGUCGCUUCGCCGUCGGGAAAGGCUCUACCUCCGGUCUCGGGAAAGUGUACCUGGAGACCUAUGGCUGCCAGAUGAAUGUCAAUGACACAGAGAUUGCUUGGGCUAUCCUGCAGAAGAGCGGCUACACCAGGACAAAGGAAGCAGAUGAGGCGGAUGUGAUUCUACUUGUGACCUGUUCUGUUAGGGACAAGGCUGAGCAGGCUAUCUGGAACCGCCUGCAGCACCUCAAGGCUCUGAAGGCCCGGCGGCGCCAGGCGUGCUUGCCUCUCCGCAUUGGGAUUCUAGGAUGCAUGGCUGAGAGGCUUAAGGAGGAGAUUCUUCAUAGAGAGAAGCUGGUCGAUAUUGUGGCGGGUCCUGAUGCAUAUCGGGACCUUCCCCGGCUGCUGGCCGUGGCUCAAUCUGGGCAGCAAGCUGCUAAUGUCCUGUUAUCACUAGAUGAGACUUAUGCAGAUAUUCUGCCUGUUCAGACUAGCGCAGGUGGCAAAACAGCAUUUGUAUCCAUCAUGCGGGGCUGUGACAACAUGUGCAGCUAUUGCAUUGUGCCCUUCACACGUGGCCGUGAGAGGAGCCGCCCCAUCGCGUCCAUCCUGCAGGAGGUGAAGAUACUCUCAGAUCAGGGGGUGAAAGAAGUGACCCUUUUGGGUCAGAAUGUCAACAGCUUUCGGGACAUGUCUGAGGUGCAGUUUCAGUCAGCUGCUGCCCCAGUCCUCAGUCGUGGCUUUAGCACUGUCUACAAAGCUAAACCAGGAGGCUUGCGUUUUGCACAUCUUCUAGACCAGGUCUCUAGAAUUGAUCCAGAAAUGAGGAUUCGUUUCACUUCUCCACACCCCAAGGAUUUUCCUGAUGAGGUCCUGCAGCUUAUCCAGGAGCGGCACAACAUCUGCAAACAACUUCACCUCCCAGCCCAGAGUGGAAGCACUCGAGUCCUGGAAGCCAUGCGACGAGGAUACACGAGAGAAGCAUACUUAGAGCUCGUACAGCAUGUGCGCAACAGCAUUCCAGGAGUGAGUUUAAGCAGUGAUUUCAUUGCUGGUUUCUGUGGGGAGACAGAAGAAGAUCACCAGCAGACUGUGUCCUUGCUGCGGGAAGUCCGCUACAACGUAGGCUUCCUCUUUGCUUACAGCAUGAGGCAGAAAACUCGGGCGUAUCACCGGCUGCAGGAUGACGUGCCUGCAGAUGUAAAACGGAGGCGACUGGAGGAGCUCAUCACUGUCUUUCGAGAGGAGGCUGCAAGGGCAAAUGAGGCAAUGGUGGGCCAGUCCCAGCUGGUGCUAGUGGAGGGGCCCAGCAAGCGCUCUGCCUCUGAAUUGUGUGGGAGGAAUGAUGGCAACAUUAAGGUGAUCUUCCCUGAUGCUGACACAGAGGAUGCUGGGGGCUGCAAGGCUCUGGUCAGAGCCCAGCCUGGGGACUAUGUUUUGGUGAAGGUAACCUCUGCCAGCUCUCAGACCUUGAAGGGAAUUCUGCUUUGUCGUACCACCCUCUCCCGCUCUGCAGCUUGUCACUGAGGCCUGGCUCACCUUUGCAGUGCUGCAGGUUUGUCUUCUGAUCGCGUCCUCUAAUGCAGCCCAGCCCUGAGAACUUUGUCUGCAGAGCAGGUCAUUGCUCCUAGCCCAGCUGAAUUUGGGAGCUGCGAAGGCUGAUAGCACCUGGAAAACAAAACUCCAGUAACUUCCAGAGGAUCACAGGAGAACUGCCAAAGGAGACAGGCUACUUGAAGAACAGGAUAAGAUUGUGAUGAAUUCUUUCCAAAUAAUGAUAAGCUCCUCAAUUGCAAAAUACUUGGGAAGUAAGACCCUCAGCUGUGCCUAUAUGAUGGAAUGUAGCACCAAAGUGUGGAAUAUAAAAUGUUUUUUAAUGAA